AUGACUGAAGCAGUAAAGAGUGAGCAGAGCAGAGCAAUCAGGUACUUCACAGGAACUCAUCUCCUCAUGACCAUGCCCUCAGCUCACUAUCUAAACCUGUUCCUGGUCGCAGUGCUGUCUAUCUGCUCUCUCGGAAACCAGACUCCACUCCACAGCAGGAAUCCAGACUCAGAAGAAACUUCAGGCGAGCUGCAGCAGGACCUGACAGACGCUGUGGACCACGGCAAGUGGAAUUUAAUCGCCAGUUUACUGCAGCAAGAUAUCGCGAUACUACGCGACGAACAGUUCAAAAGGGACUUUGGGCAAACAGAAUUUAAGAUGAAGGAUUUUUCCAUGAGUAUGCCUCUUCUCAAUUCGUCUGAUGGAUGUCUGUCAAAGAAUUUCAAAGCACAAAGAUGUCUGAGAAAGAUAUACACUGGAUUGAGCAUAUAUAAAGAAUACCUUCCCUAUGUUGAACGACAAAACCUGACUACAGCCCUCAUGAACAAUAUCAACCUCGCCACCACCAGAUUACUUCACAUCAUCAAAGAAAAGGUAAACGAUGGCCAGGUCCCACAGCACUUCAGCAGUGUGUUACCUGAGGAUUCAGCAUGGAGACAGAAGACAGUAACACACUCCAUUCUGUUCCAUUAUGCAACAUUUAUGAAUGCUACAGUCAGGGCAAUUUCUUACAUGAAAAAGACACAACAGGAAAAGGCCUUUCAAAAGGCACAAAAAAGCACAAUCUUUUAG